AUGUCCAAGCCCGAAGCCUCAGAAACGGUCAGGGAGGAGGCCUCAGAGCCAACCCCUUCCCCAACCGAAGAUGCGACCGAAGGCACGAUCGAAGACGUCGAUUGGAAAAUAGGGAAGCAGGAAUUGACGAUUCUACUGACGAUGUCCUUCCUCUGCAUCGCGGUCGCCCUUGAUGCCUCCAUUCUAGUUCCAGCCCUCCCAACUCUUGCGAAGGAAUUAAAUGGGUCCGCGAUUGAAACCUUCUGGGCCGGCACAUCAUAUCUGCUCUCCAACGCCGUCUUCCUCCCCUUCCUGGGCGCCUUGUCCGAGGUGUUCGGUCGCCGUGCGCUGCUGCUGGCGUCGCUCUUCAUGUUCACGGUCGGCACAAUCAUCUGCUGCACCGCAAAUGGCUUCCCUCAGCUCCUCACCGGCCGGACGGUUCAGGGCGUUGGUGGUGGAGGUUUGAUGACAAUGGCCCUCGUCAUAACCACGGACGUGAUUCCACUGCGGCAGCGACCGAAGUAUCAGACCAUUAUCUCUGCUGCCUUUGGACUUGGAGGUGUCUUUGGGCCACUGACGGGCGGAUUGAUUGCUGAACACACUACAUGGAGGUGGCUCUUUUAUGUCAACUUCCCAUUCUGCGCGGUCGGAUUUCUCAUCACCCCGUUUACCAUAAGACUCAAGCCGGAGCGGAAGCUCACCAUUCGUCAAGCACUGUGGCAGAUUGAUUGGCUUGGCGGAGCACUGUUCAUUGCCGGCAUCUCAAGCUUUCUGCUCGGGCUCACCUGGGGUGGUGUCCAAUACAGCUGGGGGUCAUAUAAAUCCUGGCUGCCAAUCCUCCUUGGCGGUCUGGUGGUAGCAUUGUCGCUGUUCUAUGAAGCCAAGGUUCCUAAAAUGCCCUUCAUGCGGCUUCGGGUAUUCAACAGUCUAUCUGCCGGCAUAAUCUUCUUCUCCACAGCCAUCCAGGGUUUCAUUCUUUACAGCCAGCUUUACUACUUGCCGUUUUACUUUACCUCGGUGAAAGGCGCGAGUACCACCUUGGCAGGCAUCUUCAUCAUGGCUGUGAACAUUAUCCUCUUCCCAGUCAGUAUUGGGGCUGGUCUGGUGAUGACCCGCAGGGGAACAUAUCGCUGGUCCAUCAACGUAGGAUUUAUAAUCAUGACGCUGGGCAAUGGACUGCUGGUCUACCUUGACCAACAUAAAUCCGUUGUCCAGCAUCUUUUCAUCUUCCUACUGUCUGGCAUAGGCCAUGGCUUUUUACUUGGCUCUCUAAACUAUGCCAAUCAAGCCACGGCCAAGGCGCAGGACGUGUCCUUUGCAGUGUCCAUGUUCACCUUCAUGCGAGCAUUUGGUAUCUGUAUAGGAGUAGCCGUCGGCGGCACAGUGUUCUCGAAUCUGCUCCUCCCCGCCUUGAGAGAUGGAGGCGCCACUCCCGAGCAAGCACAGUCGAUCACUGAGAACUCGGAAGCCUUUGUCCACAUCUUGAACGAGAUGCCUGAUAACGAGACAAAGCAAGCACUGAUCACGGCAUAUGUGGAAGCGUUCAGAGGUAUAUUCUACGUACUGACGGCUCUUUCAGCCCUGUGCACUGUCUUAUCGUUUAUGACAAAGCAAUUCAAUAUGAAUGUCGCCAUGCAGUCAGGGCAUCAUCUUACCAAAAAGGGACAAGAAGGAUCGGAAAAAGACAUGGAACAAGGAACAGCGAAGGCUUGA